AUGUCUGAAAGCGAGGGAGAGCACGUGGCUCGGUCGGUGGCACUGGAGCAAGCCUACGUACACGAGGUUUACGAGCAAUGCGCCGAGAAGUCUGUCCAAAGUAGACACUGGCCACGGAUUUAUCAGUUUCUCGAGGAGCUAGAACCGGGAGCUCUCGUUUGCGACAUUGGCUGCGGCAACGGGAAGUACCUCAGCGUUAAUCACAGCAUCUUUAAGGUGGGAGUGGACCGGUGCAAGCGUUUCACGGAUAUCGCGCGUGAGAAGGAGAAUGAGGUACUGGUCUGCGACAACUUGGCCCUGCCGUUUCGCGAUGAGAGCUUCGACGCAGUUCUCUCGAUCGCGGUGGUGCACCAUUUCGCCACAACGGAGAGGCGAGUCCACGCGUUGAAGGAACUUGCGCGGGUGCUCCGAAUCGGCGGUCGAUUAGUCAUAUCCGUAUGGGCUAUGGAACAAAGACAUAGGAAGUUCCAGUCUCAAGACGUCUUGGUGCCGUGGCCUAAAGCCUACUGCGCGAAUUCGACGGGCAGAUCGAAAUACUCGGGCACGUUGAAUGUGAACGACAUACACUGCGCUCAAAACGCUCAAAAAUUUACAUCGAGCCGGAACAGCCAACGAAAAUGCAAGAGCAAAGGCUAUUGGAUCGACCCAAUAUUCAGUCCAUCACCGUCGACAAGCAGUCUCUCCAGCCCGAACGAGACCUGCUACAGCUUUUUCCGUCGCGCGUUGCAGAAACUAGCCGGUGGUAGACGUGGAUCCGGAAGUCGGCCUUGGUUCCUUGAAAGUUGGCAGAACGGCGGUGGAAAAAAUCGAAAGGACUACGAGCACGACGAGCCGCCAGAUGUCGACGAGCUGCCUAUCGAGUUGCGUCGCGUGGAGGACGUGAACGUGACCUUGACCAAACAGCCGGAUUCGUUGAGCAUAAAGUCGAAGAGCCUCGGGGAUAUUUUGGAGAUCCAACGAUUGGAUUUGGUCAGAUCCAGGUCCAGCAUCCCCGGUCUGUCUUCGAUGUUAACGUCUGAAUUGAAUUUGGACGGCGAGUCCAGGACAUCUUCGUCGUUGAGCGGUUCGAAGCCUCGGCUGAUCAAGCAGAAGACUCACCUCGAGGACGUCGGUUUGGAAAAUCCUGAUAACACUGCCAUUCGUGACCUAAACAAGGACGUUCCAGACUUGCAGGUAAAACCCAGUCACUCUUCGAAGCGAGGAAGUAUCAUGAAGCAAAGCUCGAUGAACGAGGAGCUGAUGUCCGCGGAGCGACUAGAAGAGAAAGAACGUGUACGCCGGAACAUAAUGAAACAAGCUUCUCUGAACGAGGACUUGAUGUACAAAGGAAACACGUUCGAAGCUCUUCGGGAGUCUCUCUAUUCGGGCAACGCGACAAGACGAUUUCAGCUCCUUAAAAGUGGCCUUACGAACAAGAUCAAGCAGUCGACAAACAUCGAGGUAUCAGGGAUAUCAAUCAAGAAUGGUUUCGUGAAGAUCCUGCAAGGCUGGAAGUCGAGCGACAGUGAGACGACUUCGGCGUCCGGUGCACAGGACGAAUCCAGAACGAAAGCCAACGAUAAAAUUCAAUCGGUUACUGCGAAGAAAGAAGUGGAAGGGGUUGAAAGACGUCUGUCUAGAGAAGAUGGCUCAGACUCGUCUAAGGACAGCAGUCUGCAGAGCGACACGAGCGUCGACUCCGAAGACAGUUUCGCGUCCGUGAUCUUCGUGCCAAAGCAGGACUUUCCACCUAUGGCCGACAUUUUACCACCUUCCACUUGCCAUCAGCUGGGCAGCACUUCAGCACCCCCUUCACCUCGUGUGAAACAUCCACCAGAUGUCUCCACCGCCAGACUCAAGCUCAUUUCCAUAUCCCCCCUGAUCAAACAAUUCCCAGCCACAAGCAAAUCUCUACCACCGCCUAGUCCACCUGGUUUGUCGCCUAGAACCUUGAAUCCAGUGUUCAACAGGCGCUUCUUCGGUUCCGCUCACACACAGCAACCCGUACGUGGCGAAGGUACACUUGGUCCAAAGACAUCGGACGUCUUCAGCAACAGGUAUCAGCCAGCAAACCCGGAUCCGCAAGCUACCAAACGGAACAGCGAGGUCGAAGUCCGCAGGAACAGCUUUUUCGAUAGCAAGAAGCCUUCUUUGCAGGCCAUACGCGCGUACAGGUCCAUGUCUGAGACUGUGGACGUGGAGGAACCAAAGACAGUAGAAGACACCGCUCCGUUGCUACCGACCACCGAGGAGAGCAGUGAAAUAUUGUCAAAAGACAAGGGUCUCGAGCCUAGCAAAGAAGACGAUAGCCGUAAGGCUAGGUUGAAUCAGAUAAAAGAAUUGUUAAAACAGAAACCAGGUUUCGCGACUAGGACGAAGCCAUCGUUUCCAUUGGUUAGGCGAGCUUCGACCACUGCUAGCGGUCGAUUCGAAGCUGUUACCAGGGUUUUGCCUCGGUUACUAUCGUUGGAAUUAUUCAAUCCUGAAACGGAUGAUCUUGAUAGCGAUUCUAGUGGAGUGUCGUCACCCGAGUCCGUAGGUUCGGUGAUCAGUGUGAUCUCGGAUGAAAGGUACGCGAAGAAGGACAACACCAAAUCCGAAGGCACGGAGUCUGAAGUCCUGGAUAGUUCAGCAGAGAAUGUUUCUGAUCCCAGCGACGCUACUAACGACGAAUCGUCCGGAUACGUCGCAGACUCGAAAGAAGAGGAAGCUAAAACGGCAACGGACUCGUCGCAGACAUCAAAGCUCUUCAAGGCAGCGGCCAACGUGGCCAGCUCUCUGGAGGACGCCAUGGAGACCGUGAUACAGAAAACGUACAAUCGAGUGAAUUCUCAGACACAAGGGGACACGGAAACGCCUGUCAACGAUGAGAACAAAACGAGAAACAAGUCCACCGUGAGCGAGAACUAUCAGCUACCGGAAGUGGAGGACACCUGGAGUGAGGAAUGUAGGAGGCACUUGAUAGACUUCACAGAGAGGCUCAGUGGGAAUCUAAUGCAACCUGACCAGUGUCGCCAGAGAUCCGAGGUCGAAGGGAAUAAAGUUGGUAGCCACCUGGCCGUGGACAAAAGUGGAGCUAAGGGUAAUCAAGAAUCUAUAGUGUCCUCCGAGGUCAUCCCGAAACCCACCAUGUCUUGUAAAUACAACGACCUGUCUAACACUAUCGCCUGGCUGAGUAAUUCGAACAAUGGUUUUCUCGAGAACACCGAGAAGGUGGUGGCUCAUACCACCGGAUCCGAGGACAAGAUGCAUCGGAGCACGUCCGAUGACAUCAUGGAUUUUGUAAUGGUGUCCAACACCGGAGAGUUCAUCAACGAGAAGGAGAGCUUAGAGAAGAAUCGUUCGAAGCCUUACGUAAGGUCAGCGAACUCCAUGGAGUCUAGUGACAUAGGCGAGUCUAUCGACAAUACCAUUAGCCUGAGCGACGGAAGCCAUGCGGAUUCGACCGGAAGACUUUGCAGUAGUAUGAUCUCCUUGCUGUCGAACAAUACGGAAUACCCGAAAUCGUAUGCUGAGAAACGGAGACUCCAGAUACAGAGACGAUCGGCCUCCGAAGAGACGCCACCUAGGUACCCUGAUAACAGUAAACGCAGCACCGAUUGCUUGGUCACCAGCACAGGGAGUAACGCCACUCUCAGUGCCUCAUCGUCACAGGAAUCCUUGCCGUCUGAUCGGGGCGGUGGCGCGAUCACUUACCAUCAGUACUAUCACGUGUUCAGGGAGGGUGAGCUGGACCAAUUGAUUAACAAAUACGUGGAGAACUUGCAUAUUAUCUCGUCUUAUUACGACCACGCGAGCUGGUGCAUCGUCGCGGAGAAGGUGCAGGUCUGGACUAUAUGA